GGUGUCGUUCUUACAUUUCAUUCGUACUCCUAUAUGACUUAUCGGACUUCUCAUAAGAUUCCCACAGGAUUGUUUACAUUGAAAUUGGAUGAAAUUUGAAACAAAAACGAAAUGUCAGUAAGUGAAAUACGUAUAUGCCGUGUAACACGAAGAAUACUUCAAUAUAGUCAAAUAUGGCCGUCUGAUGACUACGAAAUGAAUCCCGGCAAAUGGUAUUAUUUCAGAGUUUUGACACUAAUGUUGACAACAAGUGUCUGGUUUUUCUGCAUUAUUAUGCACAUAGUUAUGGCAACACACAGUCAUCUUCAUUUACAUGUCAGCGAAGACGUCGCUUAUAUAGUCGUAUUUUGUGGUCUUUAUUACAUAACAUUUAACUAUGUGAAGAAUCAACAUAAAAUUGCAUUACUACUUCGCGAUUUAUCCAAUUUUGACAAAUUUGGAGUUCCACCUAAUUACAAAGCUGUUGAAACCAAAUUAGGAUUUUUUUCAAAAUUUCUUUUUGGUUAUGUCACUGCAGCUGGAGUGGUUUACAAUUUUAUGAGAUUUAUUGAGAAAGGAGAAUGUGAAACCACUACAGGAAAAGAGUUUAAUGAAGUUUGUGGUUUAAUGUCACCACUUUGGAUACCGGUCAGUUUAAACAAUAACAGUUUAAUCUAUUGCAUGAUAUUUUUAUACGUGUUGAUCUGCUCACAAAUGGUUAUCAAGGUUGGUUUAAUGAUUUCAUAUCAUGCAACAGAAAUGGCACACCAUGUUAUUCUAAGAAUAAAUCAUUUGAAAUUGAUGAUUACCAAAUGCUUUGAUUUAGAGACUAACGAACUGCAACGAAGAAAAUUCAAACAAUGUAUUUUAUAUCACUCAGAAAUACUAGAGUUUGCUUCUAGGUUAGACGACUGUUUUUCUACGGGAAUGUUCACUCAUAUUUUUAUGACUGGAGCAAUUUUUGCUUGUAUAGAAAAACAGUUUGUUGAUGGUGAUCAUCGGUUUUGCGCUGCAUUACAUUUUAUUGGGUGGGUUUUGACACUAUUUGUUUCUUGUCUUGGAGGACAACAUCUAAUCAAUGCUAGCGAAUCAAUUCCUGACUCAAUUUGGUCUUCACAAUGGUACAAGACUGAUAAAAAGCUACGUAAAGAUUUGUCAUUUAUGCUUAUGAGGUGUCAAAAAAGUUUAAAAAUUAGAGCUGGACCGUUUGGUGUUUUGUCAUAUCCACUUCUUGUAUCGGUACUGAAAAUGUCUUAUUCCAUGCUAUGUAUGCUUAGAUCGUGAAAUUAUGUUUUACGUUUACUGUUUUUAGCUGUGACGCACUUUCAGCAAAAGUUUAAUCAAAUGUAUUUGCACUAAUUUACAUGGUAGGU